AUGAGUGAAAAGAGCGAAGAAACUAGGUCAAAUACCGAGCACGAAAACCUAUUUAGGCCAGUUGGUGAGGCUGUUGAGGAAGUUCAAGAAGAGGCUGACAACGAUGGAGAAGUCGCCGAAGUAAAGCUUACUGGUGCUGCAGAUGCAAUGGGACACCCAGUGCAGGAAAUCGAGUCCCUCUGUAUGAAUUGUCAUGAAAAUGGUACAACAAGACUGUUGCUGACGUCGAUUCCGUACUUCAGAGAUGUUGUGAUAAUGUCUUUUGAAUGUCCUCACUGUGGAUUGAAGAACUCAGAAAUUCAGCCAGCUUCAGAAAUUCAGGAGAAGGGAUGUAAAUACGUUUUGAAGGUGGAGGAAGCUAAAGAUUUUAAUAGACAAGUGAUCAAGUCUGAGACCGCAUCGUGUAAAUUCGUGGAAUUAGAUAUUGAGAUUCCAGCCAAGAGAGGUCAAUUGACUACUGUGGAGGGUCUCUUGAGCGAAAUGAUUGAAGACUUAGAGUCUGACCAGGAGACGAGAAAGACCAUAGACGAGUCAUUAUAUCAAAAGAUCGAAGAGUUCAUCACAAAAGUCAAGGAUUACAUGGAAUGUAAACCAGGAACUCUGCCGUUGACUUUUGUGCUAGAUGAUCCAGCAGGAAAUUCUUGGACAGAAUACACACCUGGUGAACCCCUACACAAAUGGUCUCGUAUGGAGUACCCAAGAACGGACGACCAAAAUGUUCAAGUUGGUAUUAUUACAAGAGACCAGCUCGAGCAACGUCGUAGAGAAAAGCUACAGGAACUAUCCAACCGUGAAAGAAACCCUCCCCAAUCCGUUACCGUCGGUGCUGGAAAUUCGCAAUUCCUAUCUGAUGCUACGGACAUCGAAAAUUUCAACAACGAGGUUCAAACUUUCAGAGCUUCCUGUCCCUCCUGUAUGAAUGAAUGCGAGACUCACAUGAAGCCUGUUAACAUUCCUCAUUUCAAAGAAGUGAUUAUCAUGUCCACAGUGUGCGAUAAAUGUGGUUAUAGGUCCAAUGAAGUCAAGACCGGUGGUGCAAUCCCAGCACAGGGUAGAAGAAUUACUCUUCUUUGUGAUGAUGCUGCCGAUCUUUCUCGUGAUAUACUGAAAUCCGAGUCCUGUUCAUUGACCAUACCAGAACUCAGCGUUGAAGUUCAGCAGGGUACUCUAGGUGGUAGAUUCACAACGUUGGAAGGUCUACUGAGACAAGUUUACGACGAAUUGCACUCUCGUGUUUUUUCACAAACAUCCGACUCUAUGGAAGAACAGACGAAAGAGCGUUGGCUAUCGUUCUUCGGUAAGAUGAAGGAUGCUCUAGAUGGUAAGGUAGCAUUCACUGUAAUCAUGGAGGAUCCACUGGCAGGAUCAUACAUUCAAAAUGUUUAUGCUCCAGAUCCAGAUCCAAACAUGAAAAUUGAGGAUUAUGAAAGAACUCAGCAGCAGAACGAAGACUACGGGCUUUCAGAUAUGAUGGUCGAGCAGCAAUAA